AUGUCGCUACUAGAGACGCUCGAGUCGUCGUUGCGCUCCUCGCCGCCGCCGCUCGCCGAGGCCGGCUCGGUGCGGCUGCACACGCUCGUCUCGGUGCCUCGGGCCGUCAAGUCCCUCUACCCGCUUGCCCACAUCCACCCGCACCAUCUCGAUUCCAGCCGCAACUCGUCGCCCGUCUCUGCUCAUCUCGAACACAUCGUCGUCACUGCCAGCUGGUCGCCCCGUGAUGCGGCGGCGGCCGCCGCCGCCGCUGCUUCGCCCCAAGCCACCCUGAUCUACGCCCUGGAAGCCUUCCUCUACACCCUGCCCGAGCACGGCAGCGCGGUCCUCUACAUUUCCAAGCUCGACACGACGGGGUAUGCUCCCGCCUCCCUCCCGCCCUCCCUGCGAGCCGGCUUGGCGGAAAAGACGCUGGGUCCAGGCGUGGCGUACGGCAACACCCUCACCGCACAGCUCUCCUCGGCAUUCGUGCAGCACUUUUCCACCUUCAAGCACUGGAGACGCAGCGAUGUCGCCACGACCCAAGUGAGGCAUUUGGCGGUCCACAUCCUCGCGCGAUCGCAGCGCGCCUACCUCUUCCCUGGCAGUCCAGAGAACGGACGCAAGAAGGUCCUCAGCGACGGCGGGCUGAUCCGUUGGUGGAGGGAUGUGAUGAGCGAUGCCAUCGUGGCCUCGCGGAAGAGUCCGCAUCGAUCAGGCGGCCAGGCAAACGGCAUGGAGCAGCAGCUAGGCACAGAUGCGAGGGCGUUCUACCUCGUACCCGGCUACAAUCGGCUGGAGAGCCACGUCCUUCUGCCGCUCCCUCCUGCUCCUUCCGUCCCUUCCGCCUCCACCUCCAACCCUACCGCCGAGGCCACACGACCAUCCAAGCAGCAGACGCUUCAAGAGGCCGGUUGGGUCUACGGUCACCCCUACAGCGCCGAGGGAGCCUCCUGCUCGCCCUCCGACUUGCCGCCGCUCCCACUCCACUGGCAGCGCUCGGCCUUGGCUCGCUCCUCGCUCGGCCAGGAUGGACCGGCGGAGGCGCAGACGGAUCCGGCUCAGCCGGGCUAUGACCCGAAGAAGGUUCGGUGCAUCUCGACCCUGAUGCCCCACUUCUCGGAUGACCCCAAGACGAGAUUCAUGGACGAGCUCCAGCGGGAUGCCCAUGAGCAUGCCGGAUGGAAGAAGGUCGAAAAGGCCGCCGCCACCGCCGCCGAGGGCCUGCAAGAGGACGCGAAAGACGGGCGCGAGGCAGAUGGCACUGAGGGGACAAGUCAGCGUGCGAAUGCUGACGGCGGCGGAGGCGAGCCAGCUUCCAAACGGGCCAAGCUCGACGACGGCUCGCCGGGUCCGUCCUCGUCCUCCACCUCGCCGCCAUCGCAGGAACCAGCCACGGCCACGUCUCUCGCCGCGCCAAUCGGCAGCAUCGGCUCGAUCACCGCUACCACGUCGACCGCGAGUAGCAGCACCAAGAUGACGCCUCUGCCCAUCCUGCGCGGCCAGAUGCGCGAGCGAAGAUCGCUCGACGACCUAUCCAUCGACGAGUUCUGGAUCCGCAUGGGCUUCCGACAAGAGUGCUGUUCCGGAAACGCGGUCGGUGUCCUGGUCUGUCUCUUCACCCAGCCCCACCCAUCCUCCUCUGAGGCCCAACCGCAAGUGACGACGGCGGCGGCAGGGACGACGACGACAGUCGUACCGCCUGCGUCGUUGCCGCUCUCGCUCCCGCAUCCCACGAUCCAGGAUCUCGUCUUCAAGAGGCUGAUGCGCGACGUCUGCGAGUGGGACAAGGAAGCGAAUGCCCGGGAGCUCACAAAGGCGUGGGACGAGCAAGUCAACAAGGCCGUGGUGCGCAAAGGCGGUCUCGCCGCCGUCGUGGCCGCCUCCGCCGCGACAUCGCAGGCAGACGAUCGGGGCGAGAACGGGCACGCAAACGCAGCGGGCGGGGAAGAGAUGGUGGGUCGUGGUAUCAUUUGGAAGGAUAUAGAACUGGCAGCUCCCAGCGCGGCGCAGGUCCAGGAGGUCGAGGAGGAGGUGAAGCGGAAACAGGCCCAACAGCAGGCUGAUAACGGUGGGCGCCGCGGUACUGGCUCGGCUGACGGAGGAAGGCCGCAAACUAACGUUCUGAGCGUCAAGCGCAAGAAGAAACCGGCCGCUUAG